AUGCUUGGCGCGCUUUCCUGCCUAUACCUCGGCGACAGAUACGGCCGAAGAAAAGUGAUAUUUUACGGAGCCAUCAUCAUGAUCUGCGGCGCAACAUUGCAGGCCACUGCUUUCCAUCUGGUCCAUUUCAUCGUCGGUCGCAUCCUCACAGGAUACGGGAACGGGUUUAUCACCGCCACUGUUCCGACAUGGCAAGCCGAAUGCUCCAAAGCGCAUCAAAGAGGAAAACUUGUGAUGAUCGAGGGUGCAUUGAUUACUGGGGGUAUUUGUCUCAGUUACUGGGUAGAUUUCGGAAUGUACUUCGCACAGCAGAGCUCAGCGUCAUGGAGAUUCCCCAUUGCCUUCCAGAUCAUAUUUGCACUCAUCAUCAGUCUCACCGUUCUCAGCCUACCUGAAUCACCCAGAUGGUUAAUCAAGCAAGGAAGGGUUUCUGAAGCGCGAGAAGUGUUCAAAGCUUUUCAAAAUAGUAACAAUAUGGACAGCUUCUUGGUCCAGAAGGAGAUAGCAGACGUCCAAAAGUCUCUGGCUUUGACCGGAACCUCUGGUCUUCAAGACCUUUUCAAGAUGGGCCGCGGUAGAAACUUCCACAGGCUGGUGUUGGGGGCCGUUAAUCAGUGUUUUCAACAGAUCAGCGGAAUCAACUUGAUAAGUUUUUAUGCUGCGACCAUUUACCAAAAUUAUCUAGGUCUGAGCCCCAUGAUGUCGCGAAUCGUGGCCGCCUGUAAUGGAACGGAAUAUUUCUUAGCAUCAUGGAUAGCAGUAUACACAAUUGAGAGUUUUGGGCGCCGGAAGUUGAUGUUGCUAGGAUCAGCCGGAAUGGGAGUCAGUAUGGUGGGGCUGGCAGUCGCAACUUGGGCUGCCGAUCCGAUCUCAGGGAAAGGGAGCUCGGGUGCUGCAAUUGUGGCUGCAUUUUUCAUGUUUGUUUUCAACUCGUUUUUUGCCGUAGGAUGGCUUGGUAUGACGUGGCUGUACCCAGCAGGUAAGAGACUUCUGCUGCUAUACACACUAGCUGCCUCAUCGGCUGGGGGGAAUCCCUCUUGA